ACCAGGAAAGUGAAUAGUAACGACAGAAUAAUUGACAUGACGGGGAACUUUAUUUGUUUCUUUUUGCAUCAAAAAGAUCAUUAAUAAACUAUGUCUCGAAAUCUUACAGUUUGAUAGGCUAAUCGGAAAUAAAUCCGCGGUGAAGUAAAACGAAAUAUUAUACUCGCAAAGGCUCGAUAUAUCGUUGACGAUUACAGUGAUUGUUACAGCGUUAUACUAAAGUUCGUCACCAAAGGAAAGAAUUUGUCAUGUGUUUUGAACGUGAUUGAUCUGUCCAUAACAAUAACAACUUUAUGAAACUGUGGGCUCAGUGCACGUAUCAGAAGUAUAAUUGAAACAGAAUCGAAAUCACUGGUCCAGAGUCAAGUACUCGGGCACUUGAAGGAAUACAAGAAGAAAUAUAAGAAACAGACUUGAACAGUUUGCUAAUGUUCUUAAGUGUAAAUCUCUCGAUCAAUAACGAUUUCUGAAUGCACCUGCAACAUGAAGCGGCCGGAAGUGUUGCUCAGUUUUGUAUUCGCGCUAUUGUGUUGCGUUUUAAUUUCGGCGGAAGAUAGACAAUACUACUGUGCGUGGUACGGUGAGUGUGGAGAAGAAAAUGACAUUAAGCGAACCUGUGUAGCGAGAAAUAUCACCGCCCAACCGUUCAACAAUUCGGAUGCCGAAGCUACUUUGCAAAGGAGAUGUCCGCACUUCUUUUCGGACGAUUCGCUGAAAACGUGCUGCGACGCCGAUCAAAUCGUCACGAUGGACCAGAGCAUGGUUAUGGCCGAAAACAUUUUUGGCAGGUGUCCAACCUGCAUAAGAAAUAUGUUCCGAUUGAUUUGCGAUCUUACGUGCAGCACUGAGCAAGGUCGAUUCUUAAAAGUGACCAAGAGUGACUUGGAUGAAGAUGGUAUGGAGUACGUUGUAGAAACUGAGAUUCACGUGACGGAAGAAUACGUAACUGCGACAUAUGAUUCCUGCAAAAAUAUGAUUAACCCAAUGAGCGGCAUGUUAGCAAUGGACAUGGCAUGCGGCUCGCACGGAGCCAGCAGAUGUUCUCCUAAGUUAUGGUACGAGUACAUGGGCGACAUCGAGGAGAACAUGUUCAUACCCUUCCAGAUGACUUAUGUUUAUGAUGCAACUGAUAAAUGGGGCGCAGAGCCAUGGAAUGCGCAAGCUAAAAAAUGCGACGAGGCUUACGAUGACUUGUCUGCACCCUGCAGCUGCGUCGACUGUCCCUCAUCGUGUCCCUUCACGAAAUGGGAAAUUGAUUCAAACGAUACUUUCACGAUAGGCGAUUUUAACGGUUAUGGCGUAAUAGCAGCGAUAGUUAUCGUUGCGCUCACAAUUCUAUCAAGUGCCACAUAUGUCUUAGUGAAGACAUUUUGGAAGAAAGGUUCUAGAACAUCGGUAAAAAAGUUAAAUGGAAACUGUACUCAAAGUUGUCAAAAAAUCUUCGAAAUAAUUUUUGCUUUGUGGGGAAAAGCGUUCGCCAAGCAUCCUGUUAUUGUCUUAUUCACGGCUUCAUACAUCGUUCUCGGAUUGAGUUAUGGAAUCACGUUUCUUAAGGUCACUGUGAACCCAAUCGAAAUCUGGGCGGCACCAGACAGCAGAUCACGGAUAGAAAAGGAUUAUUUUGAUAACCGAUUUCAGCCCUUUUAUCGUACCGAACAAAUUUAUAUAAAAUCUGUUGGCCUUGACAAGAUAAAACAUAAUACUACGAAUGGAGUUUUGGAAUUUGGACCUGUGUUUAACAAAGAGUUCCUCUUAGCUGUAUACGAGCUACAGGAAGAGAUUCUUCAGAUUGGCAGAAAAAAGAAUGAAGGAUUGGAAAAAAUCUGCUACGCUCCUGUGCAAAGCGAAUUCACUGGGCCGGUAACUCUCGAUCUCUGCACGGUGCAAAGUAUAUGGGGAUAUUUUCAAAACGAUCUCGAAUAUUUUAACAAAACCGAUAAUGUGAAUGGAUACGAAAUUAACUAUCUGGAUGAUAUAUACUCGUGUAUGCAAAAUCCAUUUAAUACAAACUGUCUGGCGCCAUAUAAAGGACCCAUAAUACCCGCAUUAGCAGUGGGUGGUUUUUUAAAAGAAGGCGAGUUUGAGUACGAUUCUUCUGAUUAUAUAAAAGCAACGGGAUUGGUUUUAACCUUCUUGGUGAAAAAUUCGCUCGAUGAGGAAGAUCUCGCGCCGGUUAUAAAAUGGGAGCAACGCUUCCUCGAUUUUAUGGAAAAAUGGAAUCAAAAAAGUCGACCAAAAUUCAUGAAUGUCGCAUGGUCGACAGAGAAAUCGAUAGAAGACGAAUUGGACAGAACUUCGAAAGCGGAAAUGAUAACGAUGGUCAUAAGCUAUCUUGUCAUGUUUGUUUAUAUCGCUCUGGCCCUCGGUAAAAUUAGAUUCUCUCCUAUCGGCUAUUUAAUCGAAAGCAAAAUCGUAUUGAGCAUCGGUGGUAUCAUCGUAGUCAUUGCGUCGGUCGCCUGUUCGCUCGGCGUUUUCGGCUACGUAGGCGUACCAACCACUCUGCUCACAAUCGAGGUGAUUCCAUUCUUAGUGCUGGCCGUCGGAGUCGACAAUAUUUUCAUUUUGGUUCAAAAUCAUCAGAGAAAUCCUCGACGUUGCGGCGAAUCGAUUCCGGAGCACAUUGGCAGAGUUGUAGCUGCGGUCGGACCCUCGAUAUUGUUAACCAGCACAUCCGAAUGUUUUUGUUUCCUCAUCGGAGCGUUUUCUUCGAUGCCGGCUGUUAACACCUUCGCGAUGUACGCCUCUUUAUCAAUUCUAUUCAACUUCUUUCUGCAAAUAACGGCUUUCGUCGCUUUACUGGCUCUCGACUCCAAGAGAACUGAGAACAACCGUCUGGACGUUCUCUGCUGCAUUUCCGUCGAGGAAAGGUCACGACCGCAUGCCGAUGCAAGCAGGGGUCUCGUCCAUACAAUCUUCGAGCGUGCUUACACGCCGUUUUUGAUGAAAACACCGGUUCGAAUAAUCGUUUUGAUCGUUUUUAUCGCCGCUCUCAUUACUCACGUUAUAGUCAUACCGCAGCUCGACAUCGGACUGGAUCAGAAGCUUUCGAUGCCCGAGGACUCUUACGUUUUGAAAUACUUCGAGUACAUGGAGGAUCUUUUGUCGAUGGGCCCGCCUGUGUACUUCGUAUUGACAAAAGGUCUAAAUUACAGCAAGGCGGAAACUCAGAAUAUCAUAUGCGGUGGUCAAUGGUGUAACACUGAUUCUUUAUACACACAGAUAUAUUCGGCUGCGAAACAACCCGACGUGUCGUAUUUGUCUAAACCAGCCUCUUCUUGGAUAGACGAUUAUCUGGAUUGGUCGACGAUUGACGGCUGUUGCAAAUAUUUUCUCACGAACGAUUCGUUUUGCCCACACAAAUUUGAUGGGAUAUGUGAUACAUGUGAGAUUAUUAUUAACAAGAGUAUUUCACGCCCGGAUGAAGAAAGUUUCAGAAAAUAUAUUUCUUACUUUGUAAUGGACAUUCCUGACGAAUUUUGCGCUAAAGCUGGCAGAGCUUCAUAUUACGAUGCGAUAAAUUAUUAUUACGAUGAGUUCGGUUUAAUCGAUGUGGGCGAUUCAUAUUUCGUGGGCUAUCAUACACCUUUGAAAAAGUCAUCUGAUUGGUACGAAUCGCUCCGAGUUGCUAGAAUAAUAUCGGAGAACAUCACAACCAUGAUUAACAAUGCCAGACUGUCCAAUCAAAAAGUCAAAGUGUUUCCAUACAGUGUCUUCUAUGUGUUCUAUGAACAAUACUUAACCAUUUGGCAAGAAAUCUUAUCGUCAAUAGGUUUAUCUCUUGCCGUAAUUUUCGUCGUGACGCUACUUUUCACAGGAUUAUCGCUAUUCUCUGCAGUGAUAGUUGUUUUUACUGUGUCAACAAUAAUGAUUAAUAUAGCGGGUCUAAUGUAUUGGUGGAAUGUCAGCCUCAACGCGGUCUCUCUUGUAAAUCUAGUUAUGGCGGCAGGUAUUUCGGUGGAAUUUUGCAGUCAUAUAGUGCAUUCUUAUAUCACAUCGACAGCGAAGACGAGAUUUGAUAAAGCAUCGGAGGCGCUUUCUAUCACAGGAAGUUCUGUUUUUUUCCGGAAUCACUUUGACCAAAAUCGUGGGUAUCGUGGUGUUAGCAUUUGCGAAAACGCAAAUCUUCCGAGUAUUCUAUUUCCGAAUGUAUUUAGGAAUUGUUCUGUUUGGUGCUAUACACGGUUUAAUAUUUUUGCCUGUGUUAUUAAGUUUUAUAGGACCUGUAUAAGAAUAAUAAUGUAUAGAACCUGUAAGGAAGAGCAAUACAACAUUCAUGGCAAUAAAAAAAAAGCUAUCUUAUGUGAUUCGUAACGUAAUGCGGUUGUUUAGACAAAAAUAAAUGAUUAAUGUAUAUAAAUUAUUUUGUUAAUAACGUAGCUCUAUACGUUUGCGUAUUUUUUUAUAUUCACGUAUAUGAUAUCGUCAGACUGAAUACACAGCUGUGUGUUAAUUAAUAUCUUAUAGUUGCAAUUUGCAAUCAGUGCGAAUCCAAAUGUUUAUGACAUAUCAUACGCAUACGUUAAAAAAAUAUGCAGAUUUGUAUUUAAUUUAUAUUAAAUAAAUUUGUUUUCUUUACAAAAAUA